AUGAGUUCUACUACAUCGACGGCGCCAUUCUCGAAGGCUGUGGUGGCUUCGAUGAGGAGACUCUAUCCGGAGGAUUUGGCGGAGAAGGCAUGGGACAAUACAGGGCUGUUACUCGAAGCUCCCUUUGAUCCAUCGCGCCGACAAAGGAACUCAGUGCUUCUCACUGUCGAUCUCACGAAAGCGGUAACGGAUGAAGCAAUUGAACGAAAAGCUUCGAUUAUAAUAGCAUACCAUCCCAUAAUAUUCCGUGGUCUCAAAUCAAUCACCCUCGCAAACAGCCAACAACAAUCUCUCCUACGCUUGGCCGCAGCAGGCAUAAGCGCAUGUCCUUCCCAAAUCUCUCCUAUUCCCGGUCUAGGCGACUGGCUCGCAGACAUCAUAACUGGCCAAACUCCUCCAAACCCCUCGCACUCCCAACCCACCCCCAGCACCAAGCCUACUGACGACCCCUUCACCCAGAAGCGCCCCACGUUCCAGCUCCAGCACUACCCGUCUGCAUCACAGGUUAACACAGCACUAAAUCUUGGUGUCACAAAGCACACUCGCGCACCCAUCAAGCCCGUCGACUUCCCCGACCGCCCGGGAGCAGGCAUGGGCCGCAUUGUGCGUUUCGCCGAAGCACAGCCGCUUGCAGCGCUCAUCGAGCGCGUGGCGGCGGGCGUGGGCAAUCCGAAGGGCUUCCCGAUUGCUAUUCCCCAGGGUAAGGCAGUUGACGAGAUCAGUGUAAAGUCGGUUGGCAUCUGUGCGGGGAGCGGGGGCUCGCUGUUUGCGGGGUUGAGUGGUGUUGAUAUGUUGUUUACCGGGGAGUUGUCGCAUCAUGAGGCGUUGGCGGCGAUUGAAAGUGGGCAAAGUGUCGUUACGCUUUUUCAUAGUAAUACGGAGAGGGGGUUCUUGCACGGGGUGUUGCGGGCGCAGUUGUUGGAGACUGUGAAGGAGGAGUGGGAGAAGAUCAGGAAGGAAGAGACAGGCGGAGAUGAAGAAGCGAUGAGUGAUGAGACGGUCGAGGUGGAAGUAAGCGAAAGGGAUAGGGAUCCAUUUGGGAUUCUCGUCAACGAGGCUUGGCAGUAA